UCUUCCUUAGUUUUCAACAUGGUAUCAGAGCUCAGGGAUUAAACCCUAGGCUGAAUGGAGGAGGAAGAGGAGGAAGACGACGAGCCCCCUGAUCUAGAGCGGCUGUGAAUUGCAAAUAUCAAGAUGGAGGUUUUCUUGUUUAUUUUGUCUUGUGCAGGCAACCCUAAAAUGGAGGCGGUUCUUGAUCGAGCCUGGCCUGGAUUUGAAUUGGAAGGGUUGUGGCACUGCUUGCUACUGUUGGAGACGAUUUGAUGCCUCUGCUGCUACAAGGGAAAGCUACCUUGGGCUGGAGAUUUGCUGAUGCUGCCAAGAGGCUUCUUCUCUUCCUGGGAAUUGCUGUGCGCAAGGGCCUUGAGGUUGAUGGAGAGAUCACAUUUGAGUGGGGGAGAUGGAACAAAAUGCUGGUUCCUAACAGGUCCUGGUACAAACUGAGCUGUGUGCAAGCUUGGGUACCUUGGAAUGUGCUGCUACUGUUGUUCAACACCACAAAAUGCUAAUUUCAUGAACUCAGCUUUUCUUGGCUGAGUGGGGGGAGUGAGAUAGAUUCACAGUGGUUUAGCAUUAGUUUAUUUUUUCUGAUACAGCCUUCACACGCUGAUCUCGGCUGAGUGGGGUAGGAUCACCAUACGGCUGAGACACGUGAUGACACGUGGUGGAUCUGACUUUUACCCGUGUAUGUAUAAUGAGAUGAUAUCUGAGUGAUAGAGUUUUUGUCUUCUUCCUUAGUUUUCAACAGAUUAAGAGUGGAAGAAUCGAACCGCAAGUGUUCUUGACACCCCGCAGGGAGCGCCAGAAGCAAAUGGCGGCUUUCGUGCUGGGACUAUCGCUGUUCAUCGUCUAGGCGAGGAGCAAGAACCCUGGGGUUUUGGCGCCUCGGCGAUUAGGUUUGGGAUCCAUCAUCUAUUGGAGUAGAGAUUCGAUAUUACGCCGCCUCUGAUCGAUCUCCAUCGUCGUGAGCAAUGACGACGAUGGGACGUUCCGGACCGAAUUCGAUAGCGAGGUCGUGCCAUCGUCCUUGGGUCCUAUUGCCGCCAUACUCCGUGUUGCCAAGACAGCCAACGAGUGGCUUUAUCUUUGUCGAUUCUAUGCUUACGACAGAGCUCACUAUGAUGAUCCUUCUUCGAGUGGUCGAGGAGUCCGGCAGUUCAAGACGGCGCUUCUGCUGCGGCUGGAGAAGGAUGAGGAGCCCUCCAGGCUUGCGAGGCGUGAAAGAAGCGAUGCGCGGGAGAUGCAGCGCUUCUACCAAAACUAUUACGACAAACACGUCAGGGCUUCGGAGGCCGACCAUCAGGACAGGGCGUCGCUUGCGAAAGCUUAUCAGACAGCUGGUAUUUUGUUUGACGUACUCACGUCUGUGACACGGCAAGACGGAGCGGAAGUGGAUUCUGAAAUCCAAGCUAUGAACACUGAUGUGACCAAGAAGAAAAAGGACAUCAAGGACUACAACAUCCUUCUGCUUGAUGCUGCCGGCGCGUCCCAAGCCAUCAUGAAACUAGAAGAGGAUGAUGCAAUAGCGAACGGUCACGAUAUCUAGCUUGAACACCUGAUGGCUUUCUGCUAGGAAUACCGUGACUCAGUGUACUUUCACUUGUUCGAACCUCUCAGCUCUCACUUCCGGCAAAGGAAUCCUCAAACCAUACAAGAAAGCUAUUAAAUUUUGUCACUUAGCAAGAUUCCAAGCUCUCAUGUAUUGUAUUAGAAGAUAACUUCCACCA